ACUCCGCCCCCAAAGUGACACGCAAUCAGCUGUUCAAAAAUUGGAAAUGGUUUUAGGUGAAGAUGAAAAGUGUUACAUCCUAUUAUCGGUGUGAAAAUUAAUUGAUAUUUCUUUAUUGUGGACGGAAAGUGAUCAAUGGAUUCAGUGAAAAUGGAUAUCAUGAAAGGUUGUGAUGUAGAUGUGCAUUAAUAAAAUAUUUCUAUCAUCAAGCAAAACAAUACAAUGAUAAACUGAUCUUUCCAAGUCACUGCCUAAUCUGGAACGCUAUGGCUACCAUAAUGUAUCCUACACUCACCAAGUCUCAAAGUAUGAGGAGUAAGAGAAAAUCUGCUGUAGAACUCCUAGCAGAAAGUAAACCAUUUUAUGUUAAAUCAGAAAUUGUUAGGGACACCACUCAGGCAAUACCUUCAAGACCUAUUCCAAAUAUAACUUCUGGAUAUGCGACUUACACAAGAAGUAAAUCAGUUAAUGUGUCUAGUGGACCUCCUCAGGUUUUCUACAAACCUAUUAAUUUCUCACAAUAUAUGGCAGUUUCGCCAUCAAGAUCUUUACCGCCGAUAUCUCAUAGACGUUCAGUCAAUGCUGGCACAAGCGAUAUGCUUCAAAAUAAACUUAGGCAGCUUCUGGUUUGUGAUAGUGCCGAGGAGCUGAGCGUGGAACAUAUAGCACCCUUAAGCCCCCCUGCUGAAUAUGCUCAAAGAUGUCAUAAAAGCCUCCCUGACUUGCAUUACAGGACUGAACUGCAGGGUUCCAACAAAAGCAGCAACAAAAGUUUGUCAAACAGGGACAGUGGAGGUUCCAGUGGUCAUUACACACAAAGGAGUGAGCCAGCUCCACAGUUGAGACAGGAAUCUCGUAGGGACUCAGGUUCGAGUACGCAACAUAGCGGUGGAAGUUCCUAUUAUUGUUGCCAAGAGCCAGAGUGUCGAAAUCGACAACAGCAAGUUUAUCCACCACCUCCAGUCUUCAAACGCCAAAAAUGCCUCCGUUACAAGAGAGAUAGGCCUAUACUUCGUUCAAAAUCGGAUAUCAGCGACAGAUAUUGGAGACCGCCGGAACCUCCAACAAGUCAUCUGGAGCAAUUCUUCGAACACCUGGGACUAACCAGCGACUCCUACGAAGAAAUGUUGAGCGAUAGCAGGUCAUCCGACAGUCCUGUAUUUUUCUCGGACAUUUCAUCUGUCGACUCCAGCAGGCCCGUCGACAACGUGGACUACUGCCCCGCACCAUUUAGACCCAGUGAGCCUCCUUCGAUAGUUGAACGUAAUGCGAGAAUCAUCAAAUGGCUGUGCAACUGUCGAAAGUCGCUGUCGACGUGAGGAGGAGAGUGUGUAGAGAUAGGUCACGCCAGGUAUUGGUCGGCAAACGGUUCGUAUUUUCUGAUCUUCUAUUGGUGGGAAGAGUUGAAGAUAUUGACCAGGGUCUUGCCAUUGACUUCUUGGUUAUUUUAUGAGCGGAAGAAGGAUCAAGCAUUUACUUUCAUAAAAUUAUUUAUUUGAAUGAAGAUACGGAUUUCCCAUUUCAUAUCCAUUAUAAAUUGUGCAAUAAAUGUUUUUGAAUUGAGUUGAAUAAUAAUUACAAAAAAUCAGUGAACUGUGUAAGAAAUUCAUCUGAAAAAUAAUUUAAUAUUUAGCGAAUUACACUCUGGGAGAGAGUUGAAGACCGAAAAGUGACAUAUUCAGAUGUAAUACUCUGACAGCCAGUUUCUGAAUGGCCAAUCAACGUAAAAUUCAACUUUUUUUUUUUUCCUUUAUAUGUGCUAGGCUACAUUGGCCAUCUACACAACGAUCAUUUCAUCAUCUAUAAGACUCUAUCAAAUUCAUUAACCACCACCAGACAUGCACAAUAUCCAACCUCUCAGUUCAAUGUACUACCGAGGUAGUCAAAAUUCAACUUAACAGCUGUCAAUUCUAUGGUCGAGCAUCAUUUGGGAUGCUGAAAGUGAGGUUAAUUGCUUUUAUUUGAACAUUCUGCCAUUUAACAUAGUGGUCAAAUAUUACACGUAACUGUAUGUCAAGCGUCAUUUUGAGUUUCUGAAAAGCAUUUUAAUUUUUCUUUUCAAGUUAAAAGCUCCAGAUUACAUAAAUUAGUUAAUUUUACACUGUACAACAUUUCAGAAACCCAAAUGGAUUUGACAUAUUCAGCUGUUAAGUUGAAUGUUGUAUCAGUUGAACAAAGAUUUGAUCAGUCUUUCAGAAAUGGGGGGUAAGUACUUCAAAAUAAAUACAGUUAUACAUCUCGAAUUUCCUGAAUUAUCACAAAUCGGGUCAGUUUGCUAAAAUAAUCCUUGCUAUUGAUAUUUUCGAUUAUUUAGACAGUGUUUGAUUUGUUAUAUAUCAGCACUUUAUAAACAUUGCAUAGUAGGGCAACCAGUUCUACUACCUUGGCAGUUUCGCAAAAAUGACAUCAAUAUCUGACUAAUAUUUCUUCAUUUAAUAAUUAUCCUCGAAUUCUAGAAUCUACUUAUUUCAAUUUCGUAUUACCUAUUCAUGAAUUUCAACUUUAUGGAAAAUACUUGUAUUUGUUAAUUACACUUUUGGUUUCCGAUUUCGAAAUGUCCACUUGUAAAAUGCAUUUCAGACCUUUCUUUACAACUUUGGCUUCCUGUAGGUCUAUGUGUAAGCUUACAUCAUCGUUCAUUUUCUACAAUUCUUGUCCGAUUUUAAUAGACAUUGUUGUAACAAACGUAAAAUUCCUGGAAUCUCAAUAUUUCGCGUUUCAAUAAUCC